AUGAACUCACAAAUGCCGAUAAAAACGUUAACACGAAUCAUAACAGCACUGGGACCAAUACUGAUUAGAUCUUUAGCGGAGGCAUAUAAACAACAUAUAGCAAAUCAAGCGGCUGCACAAAGCAGAGGUCGCGUCGCUUCGGCGGCAGCUGGUGCGUCAAACGGUGCGAGUGACUUAUUGACACAGAAAACGAAAAUAAGUAUCGAGGAAGCAUGUCAAAUAUUAAAUGUCAAAAAAGAGAAUAUCGAAGAUAUCGUUAUGGUUGCAAGGCGAUUUGAACACUUACAUAAAAUGAAUGAUCCAUCGAGAAGUGGGUCGUUUUACAUACAACGAAAAAUCGAGAACGCAAAAGAUCGAAUUCAAUUAGAGUUAUUGGAGAAGGCGAAGCGUGAGGGAAAGGCACCUCCUGCAUUUACUAUAAAUGGACAAUCUUCUUCAUCAUCGUCAUCUUCUUCACAAUCUACGUGA